AUGGAACUCUAUUUUUAUUUUGUGUCCAACAUUAAUUCUACUUUUAUUAGCAUUUCAGACACUCAAAAACUUGUAAUUCCUAAUAGUGGUCAACAAGUGCAUGUGUCAGUUAACCUAUCAAAAGCCAAUGCGGUUGUAGGUUCUCAAGGCAUUCUUCAAUCUGUUUUCAACUUGUCUACUGGUAAUGGUGCUUGGUACCAAUGUGCCGAUAUUAAAGUAACUGGUGAUACUCAACCAAGUGCUAAUGAUGCUCGAUCAAGUGCUAAUGUCAUUAUUGCUCUGCCAAAUGUCAGUGGAUUUGCUCUCUUAGUCUGGCUCCUAUUUCCUCUCCAAAGAGGUGAAGUACAGAAUUAUACUGCACCUUGUGGCAGUUUUAAUGAGGUCAAUACAUCUCAUAUUACUAAAUUUCCUGUAAAUGAUUAUGCUAUCAAUAAAUUUGGUCAUGAUACAAAUGGCACUCUGGCUUAUUAUUUCACUCCUGAUCUGGACUCCGAGUUUAUUCUCAUGUCAGAAACAAAGCAUUACUUCAUCCCUCAUGAAAGUGAAAAUGUAACUACACAAGUUAACCUAACCAAAGCCGAUGCAGAUAUUGGUUCUCAAGAUGUUCUUCAAGCAGUUUAUAUUGCUGGCAAUGACACUUUUCCUUCUAACACCACUAUGUAUCAGUGUGCUGAUAUUGAAGUAGCUGAUGAAAUAUCUAUUUAG